UCUCUUCCUGUCUCUUCGAACGUCGUUUCACUCGCGAUCGCGAAACAUUCGCCGAGUCCGUCGAGGAAGAGGAAGAAGAAUCCGCCCGCCGUCUCCGAUCUCUCUCCCGCCGGCCCGAUCUCGUGCCUCAGGUCGAGCCGCCGAGCUCGUUUGUUCGGUAGGAGCUACAGAGAGGGGGAGAGAGAGAGAGAGACAGGGAUGGGGAGUCCGAAGAAGAAUCAGAGCAAGGGCUUCUUCGCCGCCAUGAGCUCCGGGCUGUCCAUGUUCGGCAACGCCGUCCACAGAUCCGUCAACGGAUUGCUUGGCUAUGAAGGUUUAGAAGUCAUCAAUCCAGAGGGAGGCAAAGAAGAUGCAGAAGAGGAAGCUCAGAAAGGUAGAUGGAAGCAGGAGGACCGAGACGGUUACUGGAAGAUGAUGCAAAAAUAUAUUGGCUCAGACGUCACAUCAAUGGUGACACUUCCCGUUCUUAUUUUUGAGCCAAUGACAAUGCUCCAGAAAAUGGCAGAGUUAAUGGAAUAUUCACAUUUACUGGAUCGGGCAGAUGAAUGUGAGGAUCCGCACAUGCGAUUGGUCUAUGCGGCAUCAUGGGCUAUAUCAGUCUAUUAUGCCUAUCAAAGGACGUGGAAGCCUUUCAAUCCUAUUCUUGGGGAGACUUAUGAACUGGCAAAUCAUGGCGGUAUUACUUUUAUUGCUGAGCAGGUCUGUCAUCAUCCUCCAAUGAGUGCCGGGCAUGCGGAAAAUGAUCAUUUUACGUAUGAUGUGACAUCAAAAUUAAAAACCAAAUUCUUAGGGAACUCUGUUGAUGUUUAUCCUGUAGGAAGAACACGUGUCACUCUUAAACGAGAUGGUGUGGUUUUAGAUUUGGUGCCACCCCCAACAAAGGUUAACAACCUGAUUUUUGGACGGACAUGGGUUGACUCACCUGGGGAGAUGGUCAUGACAAAUUUGACUACUGGAGACAAAGUCGUGCUGUACUUCCAACCGUGUGGCUGGUUUGGAGCCGGUCGUUAUGAGGUUGAUGGUUAUGUUUAUAAUGCCGCCGAAGAACCAAAAGUCUUGAUGACAGGGAAGUGGAAUGAGUCGUUGAGUUAUCAACCAUGCGACUUGGAAGGAGAGCCUCUUCCAGGCUCAGAACUAAAAGAGGUCUGGCAUGUUGCUGAUGUUCCAGCAAAUGACAAAUUCCAGUAUACUUAUUUUGCGCACAAAUUGAAUAGCUUCCAGACUGCUCCUAAGAAGUUGCUGGCAUCAGAUUCUCGUUUACGUCCUGAUAGAUAUGCACUUGAGAAGGGUGAUCUCUCCAAAGCUGGCGCUGAGAAGAGCAGAUUGGAGGAGAGGCAAAGAGCUGAAAAGAGAGAACGGGAGUCCAAGGAUCAAAAGUUUACCCCUAGAUGGUUUGAUCCAACUGAUGAAGUCACACCUACUCCUUGGGGUGAUUUGGAAGUUUACAGUUACAAUGGAAGAUAUAUGGAGCACCGAGCUGCUGAAGAUAGUUCUGACAGCAGUAGCGAGAUUGAUGUCACAUCCAUUGAAUUUAAUCCGUGGCAAUAUAGUGAUGUAUCUACGGAAUAAGGUACAUGAUUGUCCCACUAACAGAAUGCCGAAAUUUAUGGAACCUUUUCGCUUUUCGAGAAAGUGUGUGAGCAACUGUACGUGCGUGUUUGUUCUAUAUGGUCUUAGGCUUUUCAGUCUUAUCUGGAGAGAGCAUGAGUACUCGAAUUAGCCAGAGUUGGGUUUCGUGUGACGAGGGACUACACUGGUUUCCCGAAGAUUUGCAACUUUUCCAAAUUCUCUCCCUCCCUCCUUACAACCUUGUUACUGUAAUGAUAGUGAGAGCAUUGAUGCUGCAACCUCUGGGGCUUCAGGCAGGCAUUAUCUAUGUGGAGUUUACAAUUUACAGACUGAAGGCAAACGGAUGGGAGAUGAGACUUAAAUAGGUUGCGAGCACAAAGGAUAGACUUGAUUAUGGACAUGCCCUGGUGAAGACUCAAUGAGGUAGUCUAGAUGUUUCAGCAAACGAAUGAAUGCGCCCCAUUUCUUGUGUACCUCGGUACAGUAUGUGGGAACCCGAGGCUUCUUGAAAGCAUAAGCUUGACUAUUCAAUUUUGUCCAUUCCCCUU